ACAGCCGAAGUGGCCCAGGAGGUCCUUCUUGUAGAGGUUCCUGCAGCCCCGCAGGCGUCUUCGCUGGAAGUCUUGGCCAGCCAUGGCAGAGAGGUGUUAGACACUCCGCCGCUUCCUGAUCCCGCUGGCUCCUCCCCGCUUCCCUCAGCAGCUGAUCCUCAGCUGCAGCCCGCGCCGCCCGGCCCGGCUCUAGCGUGGCGCCGCCGCCGGUUAACUCGCUGCUGGAGCGGCGCGGGGGGACAGACACACUCGCCCCUGCGGGGGGACGGUAACGUUCUCCACUCCGGGGACGGACGGACACGUUCGCCUCUCCAAGGACCUCCUGGGGCAAGGACACAUUCGCCGCCGCUGCGGGAACUUGCAGGGGGCCGGCCACACUCGCCGCUCCGGGGACCUUUUGGAGGAAGGACACGUUCGCCGCUGGGAGGACCUGCCGGGGAGCGGGUACACCCGUCACUCGGAGGAGCCGCGGGAGGACGCGUCCCGCCGCCGCUCAGCCGGCCCGGCUGAGUGACCUGUGCCGCCUGCAGCCCCGCGGCCGGCGGGGAGGUGGCGGCGGGCGGGCAGGUGCUCCCGCGGAGCCGUGAAUGGGAAGGGAGCGCUCCGGAGCCACGGCCGGCCCGCCCGCCUUGAGGCAACGGGCGGGCAACGCACCGGAGGGAAGAUGAGGGGGAAAACCGCUCAAGUGCCGGGGCGGUUUGCAAUGGGGCUUGUCCUCUGUAAAUGCUGAGUGAUUUCUACGGGAAUUGAAAGCAUUAUAAAAGCAUCUAAAAGGGCUUUAGAAUUUGGUUUUUUUUUUUUUUUUUUUUUUGUUAUGGUUGUGGUUGUUUUCUCUAUGAUAGUUAUUAUGGGUUUGAUAAUUUGCUCUCUCCUGCUCCUUUCCGAGCAACACUGAAAACAGGAGGGUUGCCCCAUCAGAAGUGAGUCAGUAGAUCUUUCUGGAGCCCUUGGAAGACUGCUCGAAGUACAGAUGAAUAUUCUUCUCUUACCCUGCAGUGUCAACUAAACCCCAAAACACAGCUGGCUAACCAGGUAGAAGUGACCUGUGUUGUCCUUCACUGCCUAACAAUACCCCAACCUUUACCUUACUGGAAUAAGAAUAUCUUUUUUCUUUCACAGGACCCUGUACUUCUCAGGUAACAUCUGAUGCCAUGUCAGGCAACAGGAGUGUCAUUCAAAGAGUGAUGUCCAUGAGGCGCUGCACAGACCCCCAGUCCCACCUUGCAGCUGACUGCAUGCUGCCUGUGCUCAAAAUGAGCAGCUUGAAACUUUCAGGUCUGUAUUUCCCCAUGGCACUAGGGAAGAUACAGUUUUCAGAAGGUGAGAGGAAUUAGCCUGACCAUCCUGGCCAUUUUUGUGUAGCACUGCAUCUGCUGGGAAUUAGGAGUCUUGAAACUUUAAAAUAAGCAGGGGGGAAAACCCUCCCUGACAUAAACUGUGAUGUGGCAAGGUGACUGAGUACUCUUAGACUGCUGCCAUAUUCCAGUGACAGCUUUUCCAUAGAAACAGAAAUUAUUUCAUUAUAAAAAGUCAGUUACGUGCUUUGGGUUUCUUCUUGGAUAAGAUUAUAGAAAGAGCAUCAAAUUCUGCAUAGACCAAGCUUUUUAUUUGACAACACUAUAGCCUUAAUUUUAACACAUAAGAAAAGUAAAUAAAAUCUUUCUCUUCUAAUUGGGAAUAAAAAAAGAAUGUAAGAAGUUACAUUAACAGUGUUAACAUUAACAAUUAACAAUGCUUCACAACUGCAGUGAAAACAAAGCAGUUAAUCUCUUCUAAUCUGAACUGUACAUAAGGAUGUUUUCUAGUUACAGUUGUUGAUGGUCAACUACUGCAAUGUAACAUGUCUAGCCACCCUCAGUAUAGAGAGGCAAAGACUCUAUCCAUCAUGUUUUGUGUUUAUUACCUUAGCUUCAGACACAAGUAAGCUUCAGACAUUGCUAUAAAAUAAUUUUUUAUAUCUUUGUUGCUUGCAUGCCAUGACAUUCUGCACCAUUACAAUUAUAUCAGAAACUGUUGCUCACUCAGCAAGAUUUCACUUUUUCCCCUUUCCUAAAGUAUUGUUCAGGUUGAAUAUCUUUAAGUAACUUUGGUUUCUGUACUGAAAUAAAUAUGCAAUAUAAUAAAAUCUCCAGUGCUUUUUCUUCCACGUUCUGGAUCCAGUCUCCUGGAAAACUAUGUACUUAAAUGUUUUUGCAUAGAAAUAAAACUAUUUCCUAAGCCCCCAGUUCCAGGACCUUUAAGAAAGAUUUAACUGAGUUUGUUUUUGUUUUGUUGGGGUUUUUAAAAUCACAUUUCUAAGCAGUCAGAAUUUAAAAGAAAAAUAAUAGCAGACUGUCAAUCUGUUCUGCUCAAUGACAUGACCAUAUAGGUUAAAAAACUGUACUGUGUUCUUUUCACUCUCUCGAUUCCUUUCUUUGAUUUAAUUUUGAAUAUAACACCUAAGGAAGUUAUCAUAGCCUAUACAGGUGAUAUCUUCCUUGGGCAGUUACUGGUGUCUAUGUUAAUAAAGCCAGAGUGCUGUUAUCUCUCCAAAGCACAUACACUGUUGUCCUGAGUCAUACUGAAGUAACAUCAGUGAAGCAUCUUUGCUUUAACAGGAACAUUCUGCAGCUUGCAAUGGAAUCAAUGUACCAACAGUAGUUAGUCAAACAGAUCAAACUUCAUCAAGUUGCUGUUCUGGGGGACAUGUUAGCAUGGGGGUGCUAUACCGAGACUAGUUGUCACAAACCAAAUUGGACUGAGCCUGGCCAGACUCAAAAGGCACACAGAGCCAGAGUCUGUCUAUACACACUGCUUGAGCUGCUUAAUUCUGUAGCAUGUUCAUACUCUCCUCCAUGUCUCAAAAGCAGCAUGAAAUGAAGCACAAAAAUGUUUUGCCUGGAAUUUCAACAAGUAGGCAACAGAGUGGAGGAUUCAACUGGAAAGGAAAUAGGAGAUAAUGAACAGAGUGGUGACUUGCUGUAGAUGGCCUUGGGAAUGAAGGUAAGUGAAUAAUGUUUGAUGCAAUACAGAAGAAGGAACUAGGAGAAUCCUUAAAAUAGAGAAGUGAUGUGGUUAGAGUGAUCUAUGUAAACAGUCUUGUGUUGCAGUUUCAGAGUUGUUAAUUCCAAGGUUGUGCAGAGCUGAGUGUCUCAGCAAUACCAAAUUGAUCUGGAUGAGGUAUGGCAGUAAAGUGUCACAUUACUCUCAUAUUAGCUUCUGUCUAUGCUACAGAUUUUUGGUUCUGCCUCUGGAAGGACUCACAAUAACUGGUCAGGGUUUACUGUCUGCUGGUACAAAGUUACCCCUUCAACAUUUUUUCUGAACAAAUUUGAAUUGGGAGAAUCAGUUAAGUUGCAUUAGUUGUUUCUAUUUGAUGGCUGAGGUGUAUUGAUCAUUAAUAGGAGGCCUACAGACAGCUUUGCUCUGUUGUCAGACUGUGGCAUUUCCAGUGGCUGUUGUGUUAGGAGCUGUAUUGGUUAAUGUUGGAGGGAGAGGUGUUAGGGCAGUCUUUGUAUAUCAGCAAGAGAACAAGGGUCUUAGCUGCAAGGAUGUUUUGGAGGGCUGUUUUGGAGCUGCCACAUGGAAGUAUAUACCCUGGGUGCUAGGAUUUACAAAGUCAUUUCAGUCAGACCUGACAGUUGACAAACAAGCUUGAGUGGCAGAUAAACUGGUGAUGCUAUCCAUGGAUACUCACAAAGAAGAUAAUAACAGGGCUUUCAGGGAAGAGUUCUAGCUCUGCUGAGCUCUAAUUUCCUGCUAGUCAUUCACAGAAGAGAGAAGACCCUGUUUUGAGUUUGGACAGGAAGAGGUAUCUCAUCUAAAAUACAAAUAAAUUAAUAUCUUUCUGCAGAUGAUUUAUGGAUCUGCUCCUUUCCCCAGAGCUAACUCAGAGAUAAUGUAGGAGGGUAACAGAAGACCAAGGAUACAGUUCUCUGAGAGUCUGUCAAACACUAGGAAGUCUUAAAUAGGUAAAAAGUAUUUAAGUGAAGCAUGAUUGAUUGUGUCAGGUGAGAAAGGAUGAUAUUUAAAUAUUCUUUUUGGGGUUCUGUUGAACCUUUGAUUGUCUUUGGUUAAUCCAGAGUGGAAACUGAGAAGUUUGAACAGUGAUAGUUGGAUGUCUAUGGAGUGAGUCAGAGAGAGUGAAUGUGUAAUUAGGAAAGUAGAGCUGAGUCAAGGCUUUUAUUCAUUUGCUUAUUUAUACCAUUUUUUUUUGAGGGUAAAUAGAAAGAAAGGGUAAACCAAUAAGACUAUAUCAUAUUUUAGCCAUCUCAUUUUUUAAAAAAUAAUUUUGCUUGUGUAAUUUAUUCCCUCUAGUGAAAAUUUGGCGGCUUCAGGGUUUCUCUCCUUUUGCUGACUUUAAUGGACCAGAAAGGCCACGAUGAAAUCCCACAAUGCUGUUUUGAGAGGGUGAGGUGAAGGGGGAGAAAGCACAAUAAAAAAUGGCCAAGCAAACAGCCGUGACAAUUACUUUGGCCACCCUGCUGGGUGUUGCACUAGGGGGCCUGGUUUUGUGGAAAGCGACCCAGCGUCGGAAAGGAAAAACACGCUGUAGUGGUCAGCAAGAGGAAGCAGCAGUAAAGUCAGAAGAUGAGAAACUCAUUAAGGCAGAGGAUAAGAAGGUGCUUUCCUUCUUCAGAUCUCCCACCUUUUUCUGGAUAGAGAGGACCCUUGGUGCAGACAUAGUGAUAGUUUCAGAGCAGGAGGAGUGGGAUCAUGUUGAACCAUUGCUGAAGAAGGAGCUAGAGAAGUGGCCGGUUCUUGGAAUUGAUUGUGAGUGGGUAUCUGUGGAGGGAAAAGCAAAUCCUGUAUCCCUGUUGCAGAUGGCUUCUUCCAGUGGCCUCUGCAUUCUUGUUCGGUUGCCCAGGCUUGUUGCCAGUGGCCAGACUCUUCCAAAGACCCUGCUGGACAUCAUGGCAGAUAGUGCUGUGUUGAAAGUUGGGGUAGGGUGCUGGGAAGAUGCUUGCAAAUUGCUUAAUGAUUAUGGUCUUCCAGUCAAAGGGAGCAUGGACCUCCGGUAUUUAGCCAUGAGACAGCGGAAGGAUCUACUUCACAACUGCCUUAGCCUUAAGUCUUUAGCUGAAAAAGUCCUGAACUUCCCGCUUGACAAAUCUCCUCAUGUGCGUUGCAGCAACUGGGAAGCAGAAGAACUGACACAAGAUCAGGUUCUCUAUGCUGCUAGGGAUGCCCAGGUCUCAGUGGCUGUGUUCUUCCAUUUGCUGGGAUUUACCAGCCUUCCUGCUACACCUGAAGGUGAAAACUCUGUCACUGCUUGGGAGAAAGCACGGGGUAAAUGCCAGGGCUUGGUGGAUAUCCCAUUUAGAGCAAGAAAGAGUGGCAGCACAGGAGAGGAGAAGAGUGGAGAGGGAUGUUCCCCUCAGAAAACAAAGAGUCGGAAAUCUUGGGUGAAUGGCCAGCCCUCUGGCAAUCAGCAAAUGAGAGAUCCACGGAGGCAGAAGCGAAAGCCUCUGGGUGUGGGAUAUUCUGCACGAAAAUCUCCGCUGUAUGACAACUGCUUCCUGCAUGCACCAGAUGGACAGCCCCUGUGCACUUGUGAUCGCAAGAAGGCUCAGUGGUAUUUGGACAAGGGGAUUGGAGAGCUAGUUAGCACAGACCCUUUUGUUGUGAAGCUGCGGUUUGAGCCUUCAGGACGUCCCGAGUCUCAAGUUGAUUAUUAUCUGACAGUCAAAGAAAACCUCUGUGUUGUUUGUGGCAAGCGAGAAUCCUAUAUCCGGAAGAAUGUUGUUCCUCAUGAAUACCGAAGACACUUCCCCAUCCAGAUGAAGGACCACAACUCACAUGAUGUGCUCCUACUCUGCACAUCCUGCCAUGCCAUCUCCAAUUACUAUGACAACCACCUCAAGCAGCAGCUGGCCCGGGAGUUUGGGGCUCCCAUCGGCUCCGAGGAAGGUGUGCGUCUCCUGGAGGACCCUCUGCGCAGGCAAGUGCGCUCGGGGGCGCGCGCCCUGCUGAAUGCAGACAGCCUGCCUGACCCCCGAAGGGCAGAGCUGCUGCAAAGCAUCAAGGACUUCUAUAACACAGACACAAUCACUCCAGAGAUGCUCCAGGCAGCAGCUGGUCUGGAAACCAGGAUCUGCAAUGAGAGCUACGUGCCACAUGGACUGAAGGUGGUGCAGUGUUGUGCUAAAGGAGGCCUGCGCUCCCUUAUGCAGCUGGAAAGACGCUGGCGGCAGCAUUUCUUGGACAGCAUGAAGCCCAAACACCUCCCAGAGCAAUGGUCAGUGGACCAUAACCAUGUGAAGUUGAUCCAAAAGUAUGGGGAGGAUCUUCAGAUCAAGCUGUCAUGAAACCAACUUCCUGGACUCUGGAUAGUGUCUAAUGGACAUAUGUAACUGAAGAUGGGAAGACUGUUUUUAUUUCUAUGUCUCCACUAACACCUGGGGCCUGGGUUUGCAAAAAGGCAGCAGUAGAUCUGCCAGAUUUGCCAGUUAAAGUUAAAUUUGGCAGUUUAUAGAGUUAAAUCCAUUGACUUGAACUUUCAGGUGGUUUGGAAGUUUAAUCCUAGUCUGUCACUUACUAGUUCAGGGCAAGAGUGGUAUGAUAAAGGAACUUGUCUUCUCAAAGUGACUAUGAAGAAUCAUUUUCUGGCUCCCAGGAUGCCUGAUGCCUUGAGACCAUCUCUCAUAAUAAAGUGAGUUCAGAGAAAGGCAGCAAAAGCACAAUA